AUGGCUGACCACAGCAGUGACUGUGAGGAAGAUGCAGCACUGGCGGGCUCUGUUCUUCUCAUCUCUAACAAGGAGCUGUCAGAGUUGAUUGAACAGCUGCAGAAGAAUGCAGACCAGGUGGAGAAGAAUAUCGUGGACACAGAAGCCAAAAUGCAAAGUGACCUGGCCCACCUCCAGGAGGGAGGACAGACAGAGCACCGGGAGGUGGCCCUGCAGAAAGUGUCAAACUCAGAAAAGCUGCUCUACGUGCUGGAGGCAGAUGCAGCCAUCGCCAAGCACAUGAGGCACCCACAGGGAGACAUGAUUGCUGAGGAUAUCCGGCAGUUAAGAGAGCGUGUAACCAACCUCCGAGGCAAACACAAGCAGAUCUACAACUUGGCAGUGAAGGAGGUGGACCCUCAGGUCAACUGGACAGCCUUGGUGGAUGAGAAGCUGGACAAGCUGAGCAGCCAGAGCUUUGGGACAGAGUUGCCACUAGUGGACCACCAGGUGGAACAGCACAACAUCUUCCACAACGAGACAAAGGCCAUAGGGCUGCACCUUGCCACAGACGGGGACAAGGAACAGAACCGUGAGCUUCAGGCCAAGUACCAGAAACUGCUGGCGCUGUCACAGGCAAGACAACAGCACCUGAGUUCCCUGCAGGAUUACAUGCAGCGCUGCACUAAUGAGCUGUACUGGCUGGACCAGCAGGCCAAAAGCCGCAUGCAGUAUGACUGGAGUGACUGCAACCUUGACUACCCCAGCCGCCGGCGCCAGUAUGAGAACUUCAUCAAUCGGAACCUGGAAUCUAAAGAGGAGAGAAUCAACAAACUGCAUAGCGAGGGAGACCAGCUGCUAGCAGCCGAGCACCCUGGGAGGAACUCCAUCGAGGCACACAUGGAGGCUGUGCAUGCAGACUGGAAGGAGUACCUGAACCUGCUUAUCUGCGAGGAGAGCCAUCUCAAGUACAUGGAAGACUACCACCAGUUUCACAAAGACAUGAAGGAUGCUCAGGAGCUGCUGCGGAAAGUGGACUCAGACCUGAACCAGAAGUACAGCCCUGAUUUCAAGGACCGAUAUCAGAUCGAGAUGCUGUUACGAGAGCUGGAUGACCAGGAGAAGGCCCUGGACAAGUAUGAGGAUGUGGUGCGGGGCCUGCAGCAACGAGCGCAGCAGGUCGUGCCCCUCAAAUACCGGCGGGAGACACCCCUCAAGCCCAUUCCAGUAGAGGCACUCUGUGACUUUGAGUGUGACGAGGGACCAAUCUCAAGAGGCUACAGCUACACUUUGCAGAAGAACAACGGGGAUUUCUGGGAGCUCACAGACAGUGCAGGGAACAAGCUGAAUGCCCCAGCUGUCUGCUUCAUGAUCCCUCCCACUGACCCCGAGGCUCUGGCACUGGCUGACAGCCUGGGCAGUCAGUACCAGAGUGUGCGGCAGAAGGCAGCUGGGAGCAAGAGCACCCUCCAGCAGCGGCAUGAGGUCCUGAAGACAGAGAAUCCUGGAGAUGCCUCGGACCUGCAGGGGCGGCAGCUACUGGCUGGCUUAGACAAGGUGGCCCGAGACCUGGACCAACUGGAGAAGGCCAUCAUGAGCAUAAUUCGACCCCCGCUGGAACAGGGUCAGGCUGUGCAGGACAGCGCUGAACGGGCCAAGGACAUUAAGGACAUCACCAGUAAGCUGUUGCGCAUGGAGCCCAAGAAGACACAGAGCACAGCUGAGUGUGAGGCCUUCAUCUGGGCCCUCCCGCGCAGUGGCAGCGCACCCAUACUCAGGGCCCGGCUAAACGACACCAAUGCCAAAUAUGAGCACCUAGCCCAACUGCUGGACUUGGCCCAAGAGAAGGUGGACAUUGCUAGCCGCCUGGAACAGCACCUGCAGCAGGGCCGGGAGCUGCUGGCCACAUAUGAGGGUCAGCUGGCCCGAGACAACACGGUGCCUGAGAGCAGCUCUUCCCUGGAUGAGAAACAUCAGGAACUAGUAGCCAUGGCCUCUGAGCUUCACAGCAAGAAGUCCCUCCUGAGGGAGGCUGAACAAAGUCUGCAGGUGGCCAAGCAGUGCUCCAGUUCACUGGCCAGCCGCUUCCAAGAGCACUGCCCCGACCUAGAGCGCCAGGAGGCUGAGGUCCAUAAGCUCGGCCAGCGUUUCGACAACUUGUGCCAGCAGAUCCACUGCAGGUCCCAGAGCCUGCAAAAUGCCAAGGCCACUUAUGAUGACUUCAGCAGCGGCUAUAGCUAUAUACUCCAGUUCCUGUCCAGCAUCCCCAGCUAUGAGCCCCAGGAGAUGGACAGCGUCAGCCAGAUGGAGACCAAACUGAAGAAUCAGAAGAACCUACUGGAUGAAAUUUCAGGCAGGGAGCAGGAAGUACAGAAAGUCUGUGCCAGUUCCCAGCAGUACCAGCAGGCUGUCAAGGACUACGAGUUAGAGGCAGAGAAGCUGCAGUCUCUGCUGGACCUGGAGAAUGGGAAGAACAGCCACAUGAACAAGAGGGCCCGAUUCCAGUCUCCAGCUGCCAGAGUGAAGGAAAAGGAAGCCACCCUCACUGCCAAAUUCACCGAGGUCAAUGCCAUCAACAGACAGAGGCUUCAGAAUCUGGAGUUUGCGCUCAGUCUCCUUAGGCAGCAGCCAGAUAUGAAGACAGACAAAGCUCAGCAAAGUAGCCCACCAUCUGGGGCUGGGGAGCCGUGGAGGAUUAGGGAGGAGCUGCAGGAGGAGGCCCAGAGGCGCCAGCAGCUGGAGCAUGAGGUGAAGAGCACCCAGGAGGAGUUGGUGAGCUUGCAGGGUCAGGCACCGCCAGAGGCCGUGGUGAGGAAGGAGGUGCUCAAGAGAGUUCCAGACCCCGCACUGCAGGAUAGCUUCCUGCGCUUGCAGAAGACGCUAGCUGCGGAGCAGCACAAGAACUGUCUACUGCAGGAGGAGCUGGAGGGGCUGCAAGCACGGCAGCGGGCGCUCGAGCGUGAGGCGAAAGAGGCUAGUGGGCAGGAGUAUGUAGUCAAGGAGGUGCUGCGCAUCGAGCCUGACCGGGAGCAAGAGGAUGAGGUCCUGCGUCUCCGCGACGAGCUGGAGGUGCUACGGCGCCACAAGAGCAGCCGAGAGGCCGAGGUGGCCUUGCUGCAACAGCGCAUUGCUGUGCUGGCCCAGGAGAAGAGUGAGGCACAGGAAAAGGUGACCGAGAAGGAGGUGGUGAGGCUGCAGAAUGACCCCCAGCUGGAGGCCGAGUUCCGUCAGCUGCAGGAGGCCCAGCAGCAAGAAGGCCAGCAGUGGGACAGGCAGGAGGAGGAGCUGGACUUCCUGCAGGACAAGCUAAGGCGACUGGAGAAGGAGCGGACUAUGGCCGAAGGCAAGAUCACUGUCAAGGAGGUGCUCAAGGUAGAGAAGGACCCGGCUGGAGAGUGGGAAGUAGACAGCCUCAAGUGGCAGUACGAAAAUGAGACUACCACAGCCCGAGCCAGGCAGAGGGAGAAGUCGGAGCUGUUGCGCAAGGUAUGGGCCCUGGAGGAGGAAAACGCCAAGGUUCUGGUACAAGAGAAGGUGCGUGAGAUUGUGCGGCCUGACCCCACGGCGCAGAGCGAGCUGGCCAACCUGCGCCUGGAACUGGUGGAGCAGGAGAGGAAGUACCGUGCAGCUGAGGAGCAGCUGCAGAGCUACCAGGCUGAGCUGGAGGCACUCCGACAACGAGGGCCCCAGGUGGAGGUCAAGGAGGUGACCAAGGAGGUCAUCAAGUACAAGACAGACCCCGAGAUGGAACGAGAGCUGCAGCGGCUCCGGGAGGAAAUUGUGGACAAGACCCGGCUCAUUGAAAGGUGUGGCCUGGAGAUCUACCAGCUGAAGCAAGAAAUCCAGGCCCUAAAGGACACCAAGCCCCAGGUGCAGACCAUAGAGGUAUUGCAAGAGGUCUUGCAGUUCCAGGAGGAUCCCCGCACCAUGGAGGAGGUGGUAGCCUUGCGGGCCACGCUAUCAGAGGAACAGAAAAAGCAGGUGGACCUAGAACGGGAGCAGGCACUGCAAGCAGACAAGAUCCGGCACAAGGAGGAAGAAGUGGCCCGCGUACAGGAGAAGGUGGUGCGGCAGGAGGUGGUGCGCUUCGAGGAGCAGCCCGACCUGCAAGCUGAGGUGGACUCCUUCACACAGAGCAUUGAUGUGGAGCUGCAGCAGAUUGACCACCUCCGUGGGGAGCUGAGGCGGCUACAACGGCGGCGGGGUGAGCUGGAGCAACAGCUGGAAGAGCUGGAGCGUGAGAGGCAAGCACGCCAUGAGGCUGAGCUGGAGGUACAGCGCCUGAAGCAGAGGCUGGCCGGCCUGGAGGGAGAGGAGGGUGAGGCCCACGAGAAAGUGACACACAAGCAGAAGGUGGUCCUGCAGCCAGACCCCCAGCAGGCCCGUGAACAUGCACUAUUACAGGAGCAACUUAAGGAGGAGCAGCACCGGCGGCAGGUCCAGGAAAAUGAGCUAGACAACCUGCGCAAGCAGCUGGCCAGCCUGGAAAAGAUGGUAGUCAGGGAGAAGGUGGUCUUCUCUGAGAGCAUCCAGGUGGACAAGGGUGACACAGAGCAGGAGAUCCAGAAGCUUAAGAGCAGCCUGGAGGAGGAGAGCCGCAGCAAGAGAGAGCUGGAUGCUGAGGUCAGCCGGCUGGAAGUCAAACUGUCUGAGCUGGAGUUCUGCAACUCAAAGGCAUCCAAGGAACUGGACUUCGUGAGGGAGGAGAACCACAGGCUGCAGCUGGAGCGCCAGAACCUGCAACUGGAGGCCCGCCGGCUGCAAGCAGAAAUCGAGCUGGCAGCCACAGAGGCCCAAGGUCUGCUGAGCCACUCAAAGGCAGGCACAGGGCCAGCCCACGACGCACGGUUGAGGUCGCUGGAGAAGGAGCUAGAAGAGCUCAAGCGGCUAUCCCAGGACAAGGACCUGGAGAUCGAAGAGCUACAGAGGCGCCUGGGUAGUGUGGCAGUCAAGCGGGAACAGCGAGAGAACCACCUGCGGCGCUCCAUUGUGGUCAUCGACCCCGACACAGGCCGGGAGCUGUCCCCAGAGGCGGCCCGCCAGGCUGGGCUCAUCGACUGGAACAUGUUCGUGAAGCUGCGAAACCAGGAGUGUGACUGGGAGGAGAUCUCUGUCAAAGGGCCCAAUGGGGCCUCCUCGGUAAUUCAUGACAGGAAGUCAGGAAGGAAGUUCUCCAUUGAAGAGGCGCUCAAGAGUGGCCAGCUGAGCCCUGAACAGUACGAUCGCUAUGUCAAUAAGGACUUAUCUAUCCAGGAACUAGCUGUACUGGUGUCUGGGCUGAAGUAG